AUGGACAAACAAAUGCGAAUCUUGCCAGAAGUUAUGGAAAAAUAUUUUGAAGACAUCAUGAAAACAGCACUGGCUAUAUCAGUAAUCAGAACAAAACCAAAACACAUAAGUGGAAAGGUUUAUGCACAGGUCCUGAAUAGCAAACUGACAGGAAAUGCUGAACAAUGGAAAUUGAAAUUUCAGGGGCUAGAAGUAGAGUUGUUAUCGGUCAAAGAGGAGUUGAUUAAAGCAAAAUUGAAAAAUAAUGCAUUCUCAAAUAAUACUGAAGACACAUACACAGCAGACAUUGAAAUAUCUGAAUGUUUGACCCCGCCAAGCUCUAGUGAAUCAAAAUUCGAGGAACGUCAAUGCGGAGAUUUAGGAGAUAGACAUGCAAAUUUCUUGAAAAGUCUAUUGAAAGAAAGAAUUCACGAAAAUGGCUUCGCUGAAACAUGUAUUCCUGAAUGUUGUGUGGAUAGUUUAAUAGGAAUUCUUGAUAUGGAUCCGAAAGGCUCACAACCUGUUGAAACAGUGCUUAAUUUUGCCGAUGAAAUAAUAUUGGCAGUUAUGAACCACGAAAUUUGUAGCAGUAAUUUAAAUCUAACCAAGUAUUCGAAACUAAUUAUACGUCUAGCUUCGCACAAGAAGAUCAUAAAAUUGAUCCUUUCCAAAUUGACUGAACAACUGGUAGCCUUCUCUGAAACUCUAAGAGUCAUAUCACAAGAUCCAAUGGCGUUGCAAGAAAACCUUGAGAAAUAUAAGAGUAUAUAUUACAUCUUGUGGUGUAUUGAAAGCAUAUUGUUAAAAGCAAAAGACAGCGACUCGUUAGAUUCAGUAUCUAAAACUUUAUUGGCAACACUGGAGGACUCCGUACUACAUUUAUCAAAAACGUUUCCACUUUUUACAUGUUACGUAUGGCGUAUAGGAGGUUUAAUAUCGCACAUAUCAACAGAGAAUAUGGAUGUAGAACCUUGAAAUGUGGAAAUGUUGACCA